AUGGCGUCCGAUAACGAGGACAUGUUGUCUCAUAGAGACAGUGAUACUGAGAGAUUUUCAGAUAUUGAAGAAUUAUUUGGUAACAAAGUUGCCACUAGAAGUUCGGCUUCUAAUGUCACAGUCUAUUAUGAUCAAAAUAGUGUAGAUUACAAUGGUUAUGACGGGCCAAAUGAGUUUGAUUUUGAUCUGAGUUAUUUAGACAACCCAGAGCCCUCACCUUCAAUCUCAGGUAUCAAUCCUAACGAUGCUUUCAAAGAUGUUUUUGACAAUAAAGGUUUGCAAAUAACAAUAGAUAAUGAUCUUAAAGAGGACAAUGAUUUGUGGGAUAUUCCUCAAUUAAAUUCUGCAGAAAAAACAGGUCCUAAAGUUAAUGAUGGGUUGCCAAAAGCUAUAAAUGCAGCAAUAUCUGUUAAGUCCAACAAAGAAGCUAUGACUGAGUUAGAAAAACAAUAUGCACGUCCAGAAAAUUGCAAUCUCAAAGUUCCUCGUGUUAAUAAAGAGAUCUGGGAUGUUAUGGGGAAAAAUGCCCAUGCAGUUGAUUUAAACUUACAGAUAAUUCAGAAAUCUAUUGCAACAGGUUUGAUUCCUCUUGUUCAGAUGGCAGAAUCUUUGAUCAGUAAACAAGAUACAGAAUCAGUUAAAAGCAAAAAGAUGCUUGGUGAUGCCAUUAGUAUGCUAGGAAACAGUUUUUACAAUUUAUCUAUGAAACGCAGAAAUGAAAUCAAAUCAUGUCUGACUCCAAGGUAUAAGAAAAUUGUUUCAGCUGAAAUACCAGUUACUGAUCAACUUUUUGGUGACAGUUGUAUGACAAAAUUGAAAGAAAUGGGGGACAUAAAUAAACACCCUAUUGGUAUAAAAUCCACAUUCUGGGAUUCAAAACCCAAAAAUAGCUUGCUGUUUACAAAAAACUACAGCAAUCAGAACUACUCCAGCCCAAUGCAAAGAUACAACAAUGCAUACAGAGGCAGACGCAGGUCAAGAUUCAUGACCAUGAACAGUUCUCAGAGGGGACGAGGUCAGAAACAGUACAUGAGCACAACAAAAAAGUACUACAAGUAA